AUGUCCUGUCAUGUCAUCGUGUCGAGGGUCAUUUGCCGCUUACCGAAUAGACAAGGGCCUUCGAGUCAUCCAUGGGCGCCUGCCCGCCUGCCCCAGGUCCAGGGGUUUGGCGUUGUUUGCUGCGUAAUCGGUCGGAUCCCUCUGCGCGGUGAAUCGCAUGCUGUCAUUUUACUACCUGGGCCACCGCAACGGCCCUGGAAUCCUGACAAAGCGAACAAGCAAUUUACGUGCCGCAAAGGCGAUGAGACCCAAGGACAAGGAUGCCACACCACAACUUGCGUACGUGAUGACGCAGAUUCGAUUCGCAAUGAUGCCUCGAAAGGAUGCGAGCUGUAUAAGGGACAUGAGCGUGGCGGGUUGAGUUACGGACGAUCAAGCCCCUUUGGGAGGUCAAGAACGCAUCAUGGCCAUGUUGCAGCACAAGAGUUUUUCUCGCCAAUGGUAGCGAUUUGGGGUCGAUUUGGUGGUGUCUUGAUAUCGCCUCCUCCGCUGCCCGGCGGGAUUCAGUCUGCUUGGCCGAAAAGGGCAUUCAUGGUCCCGGAUAGAGAAGACAGAACCUCGCGCAUUUUGACGGCCAGGGAGACGUAUCGAGGUCCCAAAAAGCGACUCCACAUCCAUGUUGGGAACAGCAGCCGACCAAUCCAAGUCAUCGAUGACCGGGAAAAGCGAGGCCAUCCUCAGGAAUGGAGGCGGUCCAUUGCCAAUGACAGCAGCGCCAUUUGGUGGUCAAUUUUACCAUUGGGAACGACUGGCCAGUACGCCGCGCCGGGCGAAACCAGGGCGGAUAUGUCCCAUGCCUCCGCCCACACCCUGGCUGUCGUUACCUGGAUGCCUGCAGAGGCGAAAAGCCACAAAUGCAAUCUCGAAGAUGCGAGAGGUCAGCCACCAACUUGCUGCAACUUGCUGGGAUCUUCAACCCCCUGUCCGAGAAUUUGUUGGUGUCUCGUUAGCACGAUCCUUCAGUUCCCAGUCGUUUUAGUCAGUGAUUUCUCAUCACCGGAUCUCAGCUUUUCAUUUCGAAAACUGCCAGGCAUAGCAAAAGCCAACAAUCUCGAGCAUAGUCGACGUGGUUCUUUCAGAGACGAUGCGGCAGGCACCGCAUGCAACGGCAAAACCCGCGAUCCUGACAGCUGGAAUCUCGCCGGCAAGUUCCUUUGCGCGUAGACCCUGCCUGUCGUCCGAUCGUCCUAUCAUCUCAUGUUCUUCCUUUCUUACACUGCUGGGCGUCAGCGGUGAGGGGCAUCGCCUGAUAAUUCAAUUGGUCACGAGGUCGAGGGACG